UAUAACACCGUUCUUCUUUCCUAUCUCGUGCUUAAGACCCCUUGUUAUUCCUCUUGAUCCCUCUCUCUUUCCUCUCUUUACGCAGAUAUAUUAACCUAUCCUCAGAUGAUAAUAAACACUAAUUAGACAAUUCUUUAGAUAUCAAAUAGAAAUGGAGGUUAAAGAAGAGAAUAAGGGCAGUAUAAGUAUGGUUGAGGCUAACUUGCCUCCUGGGUUUAGAUUCCACCCGAGAGACGACGAGCUUGUCUGCGACUAUUUGAUGAAAAGAACUGCUCGUAGCCUCUAUCAACCAGUUGUCUUGAUCGAGGUUGAUCUCAACAAGUGCGAGCCUUGGGACAUUCCUCAAACGGCGAGAGUGGGAUGUAGAGAAUGGUAUUUUUACAGCCAAAAAGAUCGAAAAUACGCAACCGGACAAAGGACAAACCGAGCUACGGCCAGCGGUUAUUGGAAAGCAACCGGUAAAGAUAGAGCAAUCCACAGAAAUGGUAGUCUUGUGGGCAUGAGAAAGACACUUGUAUUUUACAAAGGUCGAGCUCCUAAAGGUUGUAAAACUGAUUGGGUCAUGCAUGAGUUUCGUCUCCACGGAACAUUUCUUCACCACGCUCCUAAUCCUCUAAAGGAAGAAUGGGUAUUGUGUAGAGUUUUUCACAAGAACAACAACGAAGUCAACAUAGACAACAACAUGAGAAGCUGCUCAAACCAAAAUGCUUCUGCAUUGAUGGACUCUUACAUCAACUUCGAUCAUCACAUCAACCAGCAAGUGCCCUGCUUCUCCAAUUUGAACCAAACCAACCAAUCCGGCUUUGACACCAAGAACCCCAACCCGUUGUCCAAACCUUCGUCGGAUCAGAUGGUUCUCAGGGCUUUGCUAAGCCAACUCACUAAGAGUGGCAAAAAAUCACAAAGUUACGGAGAAGGAAGCGCAGAGAGCCAAUUAACCGACACUGGCAUCCCAAGCCUCGAUGCUUGGAAUUAUUGAUUACUACCGGAAAUAUAUGAUUAUGCAAAUGAAUCUAUAUUGUUCAUAACUAAAGACAUUAUUUAUUUACACCUCUGUUAUACAUACAUGGAUUAGAUAAUAACAUCAUAUUUUAAAUUUAAA